GUCCUAUGGCCACUGCUUAUUAUGUGGCCUGGGGACCCCCUUGGCCCACCUACAGGCCUUAUAAAGGGUUGGGAGUCUUCAUUUUGAGUGCCAUUGACAUUCGAGGGUCUUUAGCUGUCGUCCCAAAGUGAGACCCCUGCAAAGUACGUGAGGGACGGGGUCACCAGAAGAGGACUGGACUGAGAUGCAUAGAGGCGGUGCCACUCAAGGCAGAGGAUGACCCCAGUGGUCUUAGGGGUGAAGGCGCUGGACUGGCACACAGUUUUAGUCCACCCGUCGAUGCCCCAGGUGCCCUGCCUGCUCUCGCACUAUACAACUUAAUGAAGACUACGCUUGUGAUUUGGAAGUCCCUUUGGAUCUCAAGGCUGUAAUUAAGUGGGUACCCCCUCCUUCACGCGCCUGGCAGUCCUGCUUGAUGCCACAGUUACUUGGCACAAUCCUUCUUUAUGCAAUUUGAGGUGAUGACGUGAAUCCAGCAGGUGGCCUUGGUGGCAAUCAAAGCCUUUUGUCAUUUGAAGGCCCCCUGGGUGGCUUUGACGUUUUUAGGAAACUUUGAGAAGAAUCAGCUCAGCCCUCCAGGGGCUCCAGAAUGCUGAAGGUGUAAACAACGGGGGCACCUUGGCACAUCCCUUACUCCCUGCCCUUGGAUGUGGCUGUGCCAUCUGCCAUGGGGUUCAGGACUUGGUGGCAGGUGGGCUGCUGAUUACACCUCAGCGUCCGGCCGCCCAUUGCUGUUGUUUUUUUCACCCAGGGUGCUUGAUGGGAUCAGGGGGCCAGUUAAGUGACGUGCUCAGGGUCACACAGUGAGGCAGCGGUGGGACUUGAACCUGUAGCGCUGUGUGCUUAGUCACUGUGCCACUUUUGGGCACUUCUGGGUCAGGGAGAUGCCCUUCAUCACCUCAGAUGCUAAAGUCAAAGUCUAGUUGAGACGCCAGAGCAGCCAGUGAGGGUCUCCAACCUGCCUUCCACUCCAGCAGGGCAAUGCCAACAUCCACAAGGAGGCCUCCAGUGCCAGCCAGCCAAUAAGAAGGAGCAUUGAAGGACAGGACCUCACUGACACCUGUGCCAAGAGUGCCUAAUGGUGUCCUGGCACCAGGAGUCGCCGGCACGCCUGCCCACCAGUUGCCAACCCCCCCAGGCUCAGUAGUCCCCAAGAAAGUGACUCUAUUUGGUCUCAGCUGGCUGCUUGGCACAGUGUGUUCCAGCCUGUGUCGUUAGUUGUGUGCCCGCUCAUUCCACUAAUUUGGAUGCCUUUGUGCCAUGCUUUGCUGACUGUGACUGUGACCCCGUGCCAGUCCACUUUUCCUGCCUUUGGCCAUCAGUGCCACAGCAGCUCAGGUGCAGUCUUCAUGUUUCUGUCUAUCUAAUCGAUUUUCUGAUGCUGCCUGACAGGUGAAAGGCGCUAUAUAAAAGAAGAAUUUAUUAUUAUUAUUAUUAUUAUUAUUACUUCAGUUGAUGUAAUGCAGGACCCAAACUGUAGGGGGCGUAGUCACUCGCACCACGCUGAUUCGAUGUUACCUGGCCAGUCAAAUGAAGAGACGACCAUCCCCACUACCCAAAGACCACCAAAGGUCUCUAGGAACUGUGAUAUAGAACUGCUGUGCCAGCCCGAGAAAGAGAGAUGCUCAGUUGGGCAAAUGUGCCAGUCAGGUGCCAAUGAGAUCACACAGGCCAAAGAAAUGGUGACCAUCCAGAAGACAUGGGAUCAGGACCAGUGGACCCCAAGAACCAUUAAGGGACUUUUUAUUUCCAUUUCCUGUUUUGGUGCCCAGCUUAUUAAUUUUAUUUGUUUUACCCUCUGUGACUGGCAUUUAAGAACGAAUUGUAUUUGAAUUGGCUGUGGUGGGCUGGCACCCAGCCUGGGAUUUGUUCCUGCCUUGCGCCCUGUGUUGGCUGGGAUUGGCUCCAGCAGACCUCCGUGACCCUGUGGUAAAAUAUAGCGGGUUGGACUGACUGAUUGACUAUUUGAAUUGGUGAACAAACAAAAUGCCAUGUGGGUGAUCCUUGACAUACUGGGCAUUGUUGCACCGUUUGGAGCCCAUAGUGACCAGAUUACAGCAGAGCCCACAUUGGCAUUCUGUAGUUCAGUGCCAAGCCUGGGCACCUCAUCUGGAACGUCUUCUCUAUUGCUCUCGACUCUCGUUGUUGUCCCACUCCAUACCUGCUACCACACUUGCCUUCCUUCCAUUAUCAGUCUCUCUGAAGUUCAUUCUGAUAGCAGGAACCAUCCCAGGGCAUAGUGCCACUCUUUGCAGGGCACACUCAAUCACCAGGAGCAAAUUCCAAGUCACGUACAUCUUGGGUGAGAACGGCACCGUCCAGACAGACGGCGACCGAGGAGCCAAACACUGCGCCACCCUGCCUUACUGUGGCGAGGCAAUAGAUGAAAGAGCCAACGCGCACAUGCCGCCCUCCUCAUAAAGAUUAUCCACGCCGUUUCAAUCGACGUGGGCUGCCGCCAGCCCCCCUGGACGCCUUUCCCUUCCUGUCCCCCUAAUUGUCUGAAUUGUUUACUGGCCGUUUGAUCGUCUGCGCAUGUGCGGACCUGCCGAGUAAAUCGCUGAGCUGCAGCGGCAGACACACUCGCCCGAGUCACGUGGCCAAGCACAGCCCACGGGCUGAAGUGACCCCCGCUAGUCCGGGCCGGCGCUCAUUGGUCACCUCGGUGGACUUUAGUUGUGGUCCGGCCGGCCAGACUGGACUUCGGCGUCAAGAGGCGAACAGCGGGGCAGAGGUAAGGCGCUAUAAAAAUCCAAUGUGUUAUUAUAUAAUCCUCCAUCCUCCAACAGCCCCUCAAUGCCGAGCGCAAAGACGCAAGGUAGGAAACCCACCCUGGACCGGCCGCCUGUCUCUACAUCGCAUCCCCCGCUCAUGCGCAACAUGAUACGAGACCCCCUAAUUCACCAAACGCUCACUUUCUGGGGUGCCAGUCUGAAGCAGAAGGACACUGAGAUGUCGAAACCGCAGGACCCCCAGCAAGAGGGGUGUACGGCGGGCGGUGAGUGGCCACCCCACCCAAAUCUGCCUUCAGUAUCAAAUUAGUGACAAUAAAUAAAAUACAGGAGACUUCAUUGAUUACAGGGCAGACACUUCAAAAACGACUCUUUCGGAAGACCCCUGUAGCUGUUCUUUGAAAGGCAGUGUGGUGGAAUGUUUAAGGCUUUGGGUGGUGCAUGGGGUCAAAUCCCAGUACUGACACAGUGUGACCCUAAGCAAGUCACCCCACCUGUCCGUGCGCUAAUUGGAAGAACAAAAGAAACGAACCAAUCGUGUCCGUCAACUGCUGAUAAAGCGUCAGCCAACCAAUCGGUGAGUAAAGGCGCUAUAUCAUGUAACGAACGAGCAGCUCUGGCUGAGUAAACGCACGUGUCAUCUUAACGGACUGCGUGCCGUUCCUCUGUGUUUUAUAUAGCGCCAUGUAUAUGGCCGGACAGCCAGCAGUGGCUGGGAAAGUGAGGGGUGAAGAUCAAAGGGCGCCUUAAAAUGGGGGUCCUAAGUGACUGGAGGGGGCUGAGGGGCACUCAUAAACAAAGUGUGGCCGGGGUCGCGUAGGGCCGCCGUCACAGUGAAGGGCACAAAACAUGAAGGGGGGAUUAAAGGAAAGCAGGUGUAGGCGGGAGCCUCUCUGUUUUAUUUCUACUUAAUGGCAGGGUGGCGACUUCGGGGUGACCAUCGGCGCCCGUUGAAGAUCGCGCGCUUGAAUCCAUUAACGUGUCUUCAUAGGGGGUUACUAGGGGGCGUUUUCUCGUUUAUUAUAAAUGGAGUUCGCGCCUAUUAGCGUCAACGUCCGGGUACGUUGUUGGGGUUUAAAUUAAAGCUGAGGUUUGUUUUUUUUUUUUUUUCUCGUGAAGUUGAAUUUUUACAUAAAACUGCAUUAUUACAAUCACGAAUUUGACAACAGUAUGAAGAUCAGAAGUCAAAUCGAAUUAAUCGACCUCCGCCGACUAAUACUGUAUAUAACUCCGAGCACAAAUGGAGUCUUUCGCGCAGGUGGCGCAGUGGUAGAGCUGCUGCCAGGCAGUAAGGAGCUGGCGAGUUCGCAUGACGGGGCCUCCAUGUGAGAAGUGAGGAAGGCGCUAUAUGAAUGUAAAUGAUGAUUAUUUCAGUGCACGCCGCGUGUGUGUCAGCUCUUUGUAUCUUCGGCGCUCAGACCACUGCGAGCCCACCCGACCGGAGAGAGACCUUCGUGCGUGGCUGUCAGCUUUGCAGAGGAGCCUUGGGAGUCAGAUCGGCGGGAGCCUGAGGUAAAAGACAAAGAAAACCCUUGAUAUAGCGCCUUUCGUGCCAACCGCCCCACUGAAUGGGUGAGGCGAGACGUCGGUUUCAGGUUUGGUCAUGGUCACUACUCUCUGCUCACCUAAUCUUCUUAUUUUGUUAAAAGAACCGUUGAAGAACUUCAUAUAGUGUCUUUGGUACCGGUGGUCUCGUGUGAAAUUGUCGCGCGUCUGACCAACAUGCGGCAAGUGUGCGAAAAACAAACACAAAGUCGUCCUUUAUUUACUACAUGAGCAAAAAGAGACUCGCUGUCUAAAGUGAAAGGCGCUAUAUAAGACUAGGCGACUAGUCCUGCUGUUGUCACUGCUCGGAGGGCCAGAGGCCGGCGAAUGGCUGCUCCCGACUGAGAAGACCACCAUCAGUCAAACCAACAAAACGUCGAGGCGUGACGUCAAAGUCGGAUCGCCCGCCCGCCCAGUGCGCAGGUCAAACCACGCCGCCGCCGCCUCCUUCUCCUGCUCUGGGGGUCUCUCGUGUUCAGCCCCCCCUGACAGCAGGUACGUAUAAAUAACGCCAGGCUGGUCUGCUGAGCCAUCGGCUCUCCGAAAAGCAGCCGGCGACCGCGGAAGGCAAAUGGCAUCUGAUCUGUGGACAAUGGAGCUGGUCGAGCACACCUGAAGCUACUGUUGAGUCAAGGCGCUAUAUCUGUCAGCACACCAGGAGUCAGAAGACCAAAAACUCAUGAAAAGCUGCCUGCCGUCGUUCAGAUGGACACCCGGGGGAUCACUGGGGUCUCUGAGACGUCUGACAUCAAGGUCGCCGUCGAUUCGCCGUCGAUUUUGUUGCGCCCUUCGUCUGCCAUUUAAGCUUCUGGUAAGCGACACUGUGCUCUAGAUCAAGAUGAAAGGCGCUGUAUAAUUGAACGACGGCCCUGAAGGUGUUCGACGCCGUCAGAUUUCCAUUUCAUCUUCCUCCAUUUUACUGUAAGUCAGGGUUCGAGUGUCUUUAUUCUGAAGCCCCUCGCCCUCUUCUCCUCCACUUUAUCUCUGCCUGUCCGAAGGGAAGACGAACUCAAAAGCGCCCCCCAGUCUGAUGAGGAAACUUCCACCUUCUUCAUAGACAUGUCCGAGGAGACAGCCGGGCAGCUCAAUAGCUCCUCGUGCAACGAGUCGGGAUCGCCGAUCUGCCGGAACGCCUCGACCCCCGCGGCUCAGCCCCCGCUCCUGAUGGACGCCUGGCUGGUGCCCCUGUUCUUCGCGCUCCUCAUGGUGGUGGGGCUGGCGGGUAACUCAAUGGUCAUCUACGUGAUCACGAAGCACAAGCAGAUGAGGACGGUGACCAACUUCUACAUCGCUAACCUGGCGAUGACCGACAUCAUCUUCCUCGUGUGCUGCGUGCCCUUCACUGCCAUGCUGUACCCCAUGCCCAGCUGGGUCUUUGGAGAGUUCAUGUGCAAGUUUGUCAAUUACAUCCAGCAGGUGUCUGCCCAAGCGACCUGCGUGACGCUGACCGCGAUGAGCGUUGACCGCUGGUAUGUCACCGUCUACCCGUUCCGCUCCCUGCGGCAGAGGACUUCGAGGGUGGCUGCCACCGUCAGCUUCGGGAUUUGGCUGGGCUCAUUCGUGGCAUCCAUCCCAGUGCCCGUGUACCACCACAUCAGUGACGGCGAGUGGUUCGGACCGCGGACCUACUGUGUGGAGGACUUCCCGAGCGCCAGCCACAAGAAGGCCUUCAUCCUCUACAACUUCCUGGCCGUCUACCUGCUCCCCCUGGUGACCAUCUGCAUUUGUUACACUGCCAUGCUCUACCAGAUGGGCCAUCCAGCUGUCGAGCCAUCGGACAACACCUACCAGGUGCAGCUGCUGGCCGAACGCUCCGAAGCCAUGCGCGCCAAGAUCUCACGGAUGGUGGCCGUCAUGGUGCUGCUCUUCGCCAUCUGCUGGGGUCCCAUCCAGCUCUUCAUCCUGGUGCAGGCCUUCAGCCGCGACUUCAGGCGCACCUACUCCGUCUACAAGGUGAAGAUCUGGGCGCACUGCAUGUGCUACUCCAACUCCUCGGUGAACCCCAUCGUCUACGCUUUCAUGGGGGCCAACUUCCGCAAGGCCUUCAAGAAGACCUUCCCCUUCAUCUUCAAGCAGCGCGUGGGCGACGCCAGCCUGGCCAACGGCGCUGCCAACACCGAGAUGCACUUUGUCUCCUCGGGGUCGUAGACAGAGAUGGGCUCAGCUCUGCGGACUCUAAAGUGAAGGCAGGGUGCCCUCUGCUGGAGGUGACAUGUAAGCACGUGCUUUGGAGUUUGCCGUUUGUCACCGGGGAUUUCUGGGGUGGCUUUGUUUCAGGCAAUUCACUUGCAGCCCUUCAGAAGAAGACACAUCUGCCGUCCUUGCUGUCCAUUUGUGCCGCCUGUCCUCCCACCUUAGUAAAUGAGUCAAACUUUAUUCCGUGUGGUGUCUGUCAUGGCAGGGAAAGCAGAAGGAGAACACAAAGCAGCACAAGACAACAAAGUGUGGCUCAGGACGCAGCCGCACAAAGGGGUGGAGGACAGGGGUGGUGUGGGCGGGGCCUAUACAGAGACCCGGGAGUUGAUUGGCCCAAAGUGCUGAUUGACAGCAAAGCAGAGUUGGUGAUAAAACACAAACAGCUGACUUGAAGGCAGCAAUGGGAACCUCUACAGUGUGAAGGGCGCUAUAUGAGAAUAAUUAACCUGAAUUCAGUCUCAGAUGAAGAGGGGCUUCAGUGUCAUGGCUGACAGAGAACAGAAGAAAAUGCAGAGACCCCCAAGGAAGCCACGUCAGCCCUGAAGUGUCUCUUUUAAUAGAGUGCCCCCGACAUCAGGCUGUUUCAUUGAAGGGUCCACAUGGGACUGCCAAGCUCUCCAAAGCCCCUCCUUUGUGACCACCGUGCCAGAGGGGAACAUGAGACAGUAGAGUCCAUUUCUGUUGUGUCCUGUCCUUCAUAUCCUGUCCUUGAAAGACCCCACAGCCCAUCGGCUUCAGCGCCCUCUGCUGGUGCAGAUUGUGGCCUACAUGUUACCAGCAGGUCAAUUCUCAUGCCUACUGGGAUAUCCCCUUGGUGCCCCUGAGCUGGUGGGUAUCAUGCCAGUCCCUGCCCGUAUCUGAGUGUCCACACCUGACCUCCUCCUCCACAGCUGGAUGAAAUGAGGCUGUCACCCCCUAGUGGCACAUGUGCGUCUCCAUUGGUCCCCAGAGAAUGCCUUUGCUUACACUUUGGCACUUG